UUAUUAACUCUGUCUAAGGCUUCCCCUAUAUUAGAAACGUCCAUGGUAAUAUUACCAAAACAAAUUUUAUAAUAUCGUUUGCUGGCUUUUUACGACUCUGUAUAAAUUAACAUUUAGCUUAGAAAUAGUAAUGUUAGUUUUCGCUUUUAGCUAAUAGCACAGUCGUUAGACAGUACCGCAUGAAUGUGCGCCCGUGAGUGGAUACAGUAUUCACGUUUAACAGAUUGUGAGAAGCUUUAGCUAUAAACCUAGAAAGCCAUGGCUACCGGUGCUGAUGUCAGGGAUAUUCUGGAGUUGGCUGGAGGAGAAAAUGACGGUCCAAUCAGCAAGAAGGAUCUUAUUAACUCAGACAAGAAAAAAGCCAAGAAGACAACAGAAACGCUGACCUUCAAGAGACCCGAGGGAAUGCACCGAGAGGUCUAUGCUCUGCUCUAUUCAGAUAAAAAAGAUGCACCCCCUUUGCUGCCCAGUGAUACAACUCAGGGCUACAGGACAGUCAAAGCCAAGCUGGGCUGUAAAAAGGUGCGUCCCUGGAAGUGGAUGCCCUUCACCAAUCCAGCACGCAGAGAUGGGGCUAUAUUCCACCACUGGAGACGUGUGGCAGAAGAGGGCAAGGACUACCCUUUUGCCCGCUUCAACAAGACGGUGCAGGUACCAGUGUACUCAGAGCAGGAGUAUCAGGUGCAUCUCCAUGAUGAUGGCUGGACUAAAGCAGAGACAGAUCACCUGUUUGACCUUUGCAAGCGCUUUGACUUGCGCUUCAUAGUUGUCCAUGACCGUUAUGACCACCAGCAAUACAGGAAACGAUCUGUUGAGGACCUGAAAGAACGAUAUUAUAGUAUUUGUGGUAAGCUUACCAAAGUCCGCGCAGCUUCAGGGACAGACCCCAAGAUCUACAUCUUUGAUGCAGGCCAUGAAAGGCGCCGUAAAGAGCAACUGGAGAAGCUCUUCAGUCGCACACCUGAACAAGUGGCAGAAGAGGAAUAUCUUAUUCAAGAGCUAAGGAAGAUUGAGACAAGGAAGAAAGAACGUGAGAAGAAGGCCCAGGAUCUACAGAAACUCAUUAAAGCAGCUGACACAACUACUGAAUUAAGGAGAGCUGAAAAGAGGGUUUCCAAGAAGAAGCUCCCGCAAAAAAGAGAAACAGAAAAACCGGCUGUUCCAGAGACAGCAGGCAUUAAAUUUCCUGACUUCAAAUCAGCGGGAGUUACAUUACGCAGUCAGAGGAUGAAACUGCCAAGCUCGGUAGGCCAGAAGAAGAUCAAGGCCAUUGAGCAGAUCCUGAUGGAGCAAGGAGUGGAUCUUAACCCAAUGCCCACGGAGGAGAUUGUUCAGAUGUUUAAUGAGCUGCGUAGUGACCUGGUGCUGUUGUACGAGCUGAAGCAGGCCCACAGCAAUUGUGAAUAUGAGCAACAGAUGCUGCGUCAUCGCUACGAGGCCCUACUGAAGGCCGGCAGUGGAGGCGGAUCUGGUGGAAUUACAGGAGCCGGACUAGUUGCCACAACACAGAGUGGGGAACUCAGUGCUGCCAACAGCUUGACAGCCUCCACCCCAGGAGGUGAAACUCUGACCUGGCCUUGUGCAGAUGACAUCAAGGUGGAGGCCAAGGAGCAGAUCAUUGAUGUUGUAGGAGCACCACUUACACCAAACUCACGCAAACGGAGAGAGUCGGCAUCCAGCUCUUCUUCAGUGAAAAAGGUGAAGAAGCCUUGAUGAGGGCGACAGCACCAGCUGGGACACAGUGGAGGACAAGGGUGCUCGUAUGAGUUACUCUGUUCACGGUGGAGACACUCACAAUGGUUGGACAAGAGGGACACAUGAGCGGGACACCAUAUUGCUUUCCAUUUACAUAGAGGCACUGUGACUACACACGCACACACACACACAACUUUUCACCUACCAACAAGACCUCUCCAACCCCUCCCAAUCACCUCCCAGCAUCUUUGUGACAAAGGCAAUGACUGAGUGACAUUUCAUUCCAUUACUGCUCGACUCCCUGCCUCCACCUGCUGAGCCUUAGAUGAGGCAAGAUCAACUGUAAAUUGCCAGGCUGAGCUAAUCGGGACGCCAGGAAGAAGGUGGGAAUGGCGGGGUAAUUGAAAUGAAUUGGAAUGAAAGAAGGGGAAGACCUCGAUCCGCAAUGCUCAUUUGAUCCACCUGAGGUUUUUUUGUAGACUAAUCAUGCCAUAGUGUUUACUGGAAAUGUGUUUUUGUGUUAGUCCGUAGUACCCGCUGCAGCUUCUUCUUGGUCUUCUCCCUCUUGAGUGUGCGUGUGUGUGUGUGUGUUUUUUUGUGUGUUUGUGUGUGUCUCUCUCUCUCUCUCAAUAGAGGGUGCUUCCAUCUGCUUCCCAUGCUUUAUGUUGGACAAGUGGGACUAAUUUUUGUUGUUUGUCCUCAGGUGACCUUGAUGAUGCUUUAGUCUAUGAUUGAAUAAACCUCAUUGUUUUUGAGUUGUUUUUUU